CUGUGAUUUGCCUAAAAUCUCUAAAGUUAUACGUCAUAACUUGAAGAAAAACAAUAACAGGAUUAUUGAAACCUUCGAGUAUUAUUCGACACUCGAUUUGCUACAAUUAAUAUAUUUUUGAAGUAUAUUAUUUGAAAAGAUUUAAUCAAUUAAUUGUUAUGGACAACGCCGUCAUCAAAUCUUUAGAUCCGUUUUAUGAAGCUAUACAAAAUUUGCGAAAACAUAAUUAUGAAAAAUGCAUUGAAAAUUGUACCAAUAUAUUAUUGAAAAAUCCCUACGAUGAAGCUACUUGGGCUCUAAAAAUGCGUGCCUUAACUGAGCAAGUAUCUGUAGAUGAUAUAGAAAUGGAAGAAGAAGGAAUCGCCGAUUCCUAUUUUAAUUCUGACGCUAUUGCUGAAAAUGCUAGGGUCGGUACAUCGCUGAGAACAGCGCCCAACACUAGUAAUCAGAGACCAAGAACAAUGGGCGGUCGACCAUUGAGUGGUGUAGUUCGCCCUUCUACUUCAUCCGCUGCUGGAAAAGAUUUACAAAAGGCCUUAAAAACCCCACGCACUGUUGGUACUUCGAGACCUCUGACUUCUCAAUCGGCCAGAAAUGUACGUCUUGGAACGGCAUCCAUUGUGUCUCAAACGGACGGGCCUUUCAUCAAUAUAUCACGUUUGAAUUUUUCUAAAUAUGCGUCUGAUAAGCAGUUAUCGAAAUUCCUAUUCAACUAUAUAUAUUAUCAACAAAACGACAUUAGAAAUGCACUGGAUUUUGCUGUGGUAGCGACAAAGUGCUCGAACUUUGAGGAUCCUUGGUGGAAAGUACAAUUAGGUAAAUGUUAUGUUGUUCUCGGUUUAUUGAGGGACGGCGAAUUACAAUUUCGAUCUGCAUUACAACACGGGUCUAAUAUUGAACUGUUUUUGCGCCUAUCGCGAUUGUUUAUUCGACUUGAUCAACCUUUAAACUCUUUGGACAUUUGUCAGCGAGCGUUAACUUGGUUUCCGCAGGAAGUUACUCUACUUAUGGAAAUGGCUCGAAUAUUCGAAGGAUUAAAUAAUAUACCAAUGUCGGUGAAAUACUACAGAGAAACCCUAGAUUUAGAUGCUACAGAUAUGGAGUCUAUUGCUUGUAUAGGACUACAUCACUUUUAUUCAGAUCAACCCGAAGUGUCGCUGAGAUAUUAUAGGAGAUUGCUUCAAAUGGGGUUGUACAACGCCGAACUGUUUAACAACUUGGGCCUGUGUUCUUUUUACGCUCAACAAUUUGAUGUGGUCAUUGUAUGCUUUGAAAACGCUCUGAGACUUGCGUCCGACGACGAGGCAGCAGACGUGUGGUACAAUAUUAGUCACAUAGCCAUAGGGUUUGGAGAUUUGGACGUAGCCGAACACAGUUUGCAUUUGGCGUUGUCCGUGAAUAGCUCUCACGCUGCAGCUCUCAACAACCUCGCCGUGCUGCAGUGGCAAAAAAACGACACAUCCAAAACCGAAUCGCUGUUGAGCUCGGCCAUAGCAGCCGAAGACCAUCUUUACGAACCGUACUAUAACAAAGCCUUGCUGGCCGAAGAGGAAGGUGAUCACCAAUCGAGUUACGCCAUGGUGAAGAAAUCGCUGGAAAUAUACCCCGACCACUACAACUCCAGAGAAAUUUUGAAUCGGUUGAAAAAAUAUUUUUCUAGUUUUUAAUGCAACGUCAUAUUAUAUUAUGUAAUUUAUUUUUUAUAUAUGAUUUAUAUUAUAGUAACUUAAGUGUACUAAUUAUUGCUCUGUUUAAAUCAUGUUGUUAACUCGGAACACAUAUUAUUAUGAUGAAAUGCAAUACAGCCGUUUUAUUAUAAUAUAAUAUUUAAUAAUAUGUAUAUUUUACAAAAGGCACAAAAUCACCCAUUCCCAACUCCCACAUCGGCUGAAAUAUUCAUACGCAUUGUGUGUUAAAUUGUAAUUUUUUGUAAAAUAAAUAUAUUUAGAUUUUUUUGUACUUGACACAAAACAAGAAAACUUUAAUAAAUCGUAUCGAUUUAA